CGGGGCCCGGGCGGGGCCGGCAUGUGACGGCGGCGGGCAGCAUGGGGGUCCCGCCGGGGCUGCUGCGGCUCGUGCUGCUGCUGCUGCUGCCGGGCGCCGCCGCGCUCCGCGACUUCUCAGGUUACCUAACCAGGCUUCUGCAGAAUCACACUGUCUAUGCCUGCGAUGGGGAUCACUUGAGUCUGCAGUGUCCUCGACAUUCAACCAUAAGUGUCCAGUCAGCAUUUUACGGGCAAGAUUACCAAAUGUGUAGUACACAGCAGUCUGAAACCGCGAGGAAAGACCCUUUAAGCUGUGUGGCAACUACCACCUUGCAGAAAGUACUGGAUGAAUGCCAAAACCAGAGAGCCUGCCAACUCCUUGUCAAUAGUCGGGUUUUUGGACCUGAUCUAUGUCCAGGAACCACUAAAUACCUCCUUGUCUCCUUUAAAUGCAAACCUACUGAAUAUAAAACCAAAUCGGCAUGUGAAAACCAAGAGCUGAAACUCCACUGUCACGAGUCAAAGUUCAUUAACAUCUAUUCUGCCACAUACGGUAGGCUGGCUCACGAGAAGGACAUCUGCUCUACGGAAGUGGACCGCGCCCCUCCGUUUGACUGUUUGUCUUACACAGCUUUAGAUGUUUUAUCAAAAAGAUGUUAUGGGAAGCAAAGGUGUAAGAUUGUGGUCAGCCACAAUGAUUUUGGAAGUCCCUGCCUUCCUGGAGUGAAAAAAUACCUUAACGUCAACUACACAUGUGUUCCUAAAAUCAUACUUACAGCAGUUGAUCCCAUGGUCGCUAAUCUAAAUCCUACUCUGAAUCAGAAAGAUAGCGAAUAUGAUAUCAACUUUGACCCAAAAGGAUCAAGGAGUCCAAAGAAAGAUGGAACUAUUGUUAGCAGCUCUCUGGCUACAUUUGCCUACAUUCGAGAUCACCCUGAAAGAGCUGCUUUGCUGUUUGUAUCCAGUGUCUGCAUUGGUUUAGUCUUCACACUGUGUGCUUUGGUGGUACGAGUGUCAUGCACUAAUGACUUCCAAAGACUGCACAGAAUCAGAACUCACUUUGAGCCGGAAAGCGAUCAAGCAGAUGGGAAUAGUGAGAACGACGAGGAGGAAGAUUCUUCAGAUUCAGACUUUCCAGAUGAACUCACAGGAUUUUGCAGGACUCCUUACUCAGGUUAUAACUCAACAGAAGCAGCGGAACUGGCUGAAAGAAUAGAGCGCAGAGAACAGAUAAUACAAGAAAUCUGGAUGAACAGUGGGUUGGAUAUGACCCCUCCUAGAAGUAUUGAUCCAUUUUAUAUUCCUAAACAAUAAAACAUUUUGGAUUAUACAAACUUUUUUUUUUGAAUGUACCUUCUGUGAAGGAACAUUUGUAACUAUAUAUAAUUAUUUGUAAAAUAAAAAGAUAUAUAUAUAUAUAUAUAUAUAUAUAUAUAAUAAAAGGGACAGUUUCAAACUCUAAAUUGCAACCUAUUCAGGAAUAAUGUCCACAAGCAUUCAAAACUUGUAUUUUGUUUUACCUUUUUGACUACGUGCAAUUGAACUCCCAUGUGUGAGUUAAAAAUACACCUUUGCAGUAAGAAAAGUAUAGGAUAACCAUAUGUGUUCUGGCAUUUGUGUUCUGACAAGGCUUAUUGUUUAACAGGUUAAUUAGUGCAGAUCGGUAUAACCCUUAGGAAAUGCAAUGUGCUUUAUCAGGGAGAAUUUUUUUUUUAUUAUCAGUGAGGCAAAAAUGACAAAAAGCUACACACACAUGCCUGAGGCUUUUCUGUUUCAAACCCAACAUUUCAUGUCAAACUGACCUUGCUAAAGGUAGGGUCAAAGUCAACUCAAAAGGUUUAGUUCAUAGGAGGUGUAUGCAAAGGAAACCCAGAGGUAACCAAGGUCUGCGGAAGGCCUAGAAGCUAAGGCAGAGUGAAGCCUUGUGUUUUGUAGUUAGCUACUUCCCUUUUUGGCAUUGGAAGUCAUUGGGAGCACAUACAGAGCUAGGCUGUGAUCCAACCGCAAGGGCAAGGGCAAAGCUGAGGGCAGAAGAGCUGCAUCACUCAAGAAUUCAAGAGUUUGAAAUAUGCCUGUUUUGAACCAGAUUUUUUAGUUUUCUAUGAGGGAAAAUUUCCCCCCUAAAUUUUAAUUCCUGGUCAUUUGAAAUGUUUCCUUUGAAUUUCAUUGUUUUAUUAUAACAUAAAAUAAUAUAAAAUAAACACAAACUAAAACAAACAGCUAUUGGUUUAUUUCAGCUUUGGAGAAACAAACGUUCUGGCAGUUUUCAUUUCCAAGACAAAAUUCAAGUGAAAUCAGUCAUUUCACAAGGCAGUUAUGAUUUUGCCAGAUCAGCAUGCUCUGAAGGCACGGGGCUCUAUGCACGUUUUCUGGCUCACAGAGAGCAGGCCUUGACUUCAGAGGCAGGCCCCUUGAUUUCAGUGGAACUAUGGUCAGGAAUAAAGUGCUCCCUACUUUACACGUAUGGCCCUGACUUCAGAUCUUUUUACAUAUGUACAACCAGCGUGUGACUGGCCCACUGGAAAAAAAAAUCCACAAGUAGAGAAGGUAUGCAUUAGUACCUGAAUGCCAAAGGGAACCAGGAGCCUUCAGUGUCAAACUGCAGUGAAAAGGAUAAAAAUAAAAGUAUUAAAAGAUACUGGUCUGGGACCAGGAGUGGAUAGAAAAUUUUGAAAAUGGGGAGUAUGGUAGAGAGCUCACUGGUGCAUGAUGGAAGCGAUCAGCUGCAGAGACCAGAGUUCUGGGUAGUGGAGAGCUCCCCAUGUGCACCAUACAUCGCACUUUCCUGGAUCCACCCCUGCCUGGAGCAUAUUCAUUUGUUACUUUUGUGCAUCCCUGAAGUACAAGAAUGAAAGAACCUUUAAAUGCGUAAGAAAAAGUUAAUCCCCACUUAGAAUUAACAGCAUGUUAAGGUGUUUUUCUAAUUGAACCUUGUGACAAUUUUUUAAUGCAGUUUCAUUUGCUAAUAUUAAAGGAUAUAUGUACAGCCAA